AUGGCAUCGGAAUUUGUACCCGAGACAUCUGAAAUUGGUUCCUUGACGGCACACUCGAAUGAGGACAGCCAGUUCGUCGGUAGCUCAAGCGGCGUCUAUUUCAUCAAGACAGUAAAACGUGCAUUCAACGGCUUAGAUGGCCCGGGGUCACCCGAAUCCAACCUCCCCACGGCAGAGGAAACGCUCGUAGGCGCUGAAAACUCACCUCGUGACAAGCGCCAGCGCACUUCAUCUGUCAGAGACACUGCUUCGUCCUUGCGAGUGAUCGAAUCUUCCGCAAAAUGGACCUACGACCGAUCAUUGACGGCAUCUCUGGGGAAUCUACCACCCCCAGAUGUGGCUAGGGGCCUGAUGAUGAUGUAUUUCAAAGUCUGGCACCCACUGUUCCCGUUCCUGCAUGGUCCCACCUUCCUGCAGGCAAUGGAGAACGUCUACUCCAAUGGGAAUCAAACUCAGCACACGCAGGAACCCUGUGUAGACCACCGGAGUACGUGCUGGACAAUCAUUUUCCAAUGUGUCUUCAAUCUAGGCAGUUUUCUGGCGCCCGACUUAGAUCUACAGUCAGAAUCGAAGAUCCAAUCACCGGCCAGUUUCAACUCUUUGCUCGGGACUCUCUCAUCUCGACAUGAUAUCGUAUCCCUGCAAGCGCUUCUAGCUAUCCAAGUAUAUCUCGUCGCGACCAUGUCACUUCGACCAGCAUCGACUGUUGGAGGCUGUAUCCUACGCUCGAUGCUUCAUGCCGGUCUCCACCGGUGUCCAUUUCGAUACAAGCAACUCUCCACCCACGACCGACAAUUGCGGAAGCGGGUCUUUUGGUGUGCUUAUGCGAUAGAUAGAUACCUGAGCCAGGCUUUGGGCUUGCCGCUUGGUAUACAGGAUUCCGAUAUCGAUGUAUGUCUGCCUGCCGCCCGAGAAUUGCAUUCCCCCCGGGGCCAGUCUGCGAAUGGUAGCUCUGCGCCGCAGCACGGCAAUAAAGAAGACCACAACAAGGAAAGUGUUCUUGCUAGCUACGUUGACUCGGGGACUCUGACGGGUCGGGCAUUGGAGCUCUUCCACAAAUCAAUAUUGGUUCGAUGUGUUCGUCGCAGCUCGGUGUUGUUCCUCGUGACAGACGUGCAUAAGUGGUGGAAUUGCCUUCCCACCAAUCUCCAAAUCAAGCCAGUGGUAUCUGAACAAAGGGUGAGGUCUGUACUGCCAGACAGUGCGUUUGAUUUUGCUCCUUUUUUCACUGUGCUGUAUCAGCAUCUCAUUCUGAUCAUCCAUCGACCUUCGCUGUCCCUAGAUCCGUCAACUGCCGAAUUCUGUUCUGGAUUGCAAAUCUGCAUCGGGGCUGCCCGGGCUAUCCUUUCGGGGCUGAGGUUGCAAGUUGAUAGCCAUCAGGCUUUAUUCUGGCCUGGUUUCUUGUCGGCUGCGUGGAUGUCUGGGUUAGUGUUGGCUUUAGCUUGUCAACUGAACCAAUAUGUAUUGACAAAGGGUCUUCAGGAAAUGGAUGAAUUUUCGGGAUUCUUGCGUCUGAUGUCUACUCAAUGGGAGACAGCCAAACACUGCCACAUGUCGCUUUCAGUGCUGGCUGCGAAAAUCCAACAGUCAGAAAGCGGAUCCGAUAAAACAGCAAACUCCCAAGCAUAUGUGACGAGAGGCUCCGAGGGAAGUCCCACACAUGUGGAAUAUUCAACUGCACGGGAGGAGAACAGACGGAGACUUGGCCGUCUGUCGCACUUGCAUGAAGAGCCUGGCUUAUCUGCAGAGCCGUCCGGGCUUGAGUCACGGAAUAACACAUGGGUGGAAUCCAUGCACAGAGGACAUGAUCCUACGGUAGUUCCUUCGGCGUCGACGUACCCGUCACAAAUGAACGAGCAGGGCAUCCUCACCGAUACAUCAUCCUCUUCAACGCAAAUAGAUUUACAGGACACAGAUCCGGCACAGCUCAAGGGGUCAUCUAAUUUCGACUUGAACAUGGUGGAUUUAAUCGAGGGCGCUAACUUUGACACUCUGUUUGAUAUGAUCGGACAGCAAUUCCCAAGCUUCUAA